UAACAAAAAUAAAAAUAAAAACAAACAACAUUUUGGAUUAUUACCUAAAUCAAAUUCAAGUUCUAGUAUGUUAGAAGAAUCUUCUAGAAAAAAAAGAGAUUCAUGGUGGAAUAGUGAUAAUCAACAAACAACAGGAGCUACUCGUCAUUCUAUGCUUCCAAGUUUAAAGAACGAUUCAAGUACCUCUUUGACUUCUUUUAAUUAUCAACCAUCCCAAAGUGCUGGCACUUUACAAAUAGAUACAAACGUUCAUAAUCAUAAUAAUCGUCAUAGUCAUCAUUUAUCAGUUAACAAUAGUAAUAAUAAUUCAACUCAACAGAUAACGACGAUGAAUUAUAAUAAUAAAUAUCUUACCAUUAAUUCAGCAUCAUCACUAAGGAGUGAUAGUGGUAGUAAUAGUAGUAAUCAGGAUUAUCACGGUAAUAAUCAAAAUAAUCGUGAUAAAGAAUUAAAUAUUGCUCAACGACAAAGUGAAGCUGACGAAUUUAUACAGCAAGCUAUACAAUUUCAUGAAGCCAAUGAAUUAGAGAAAGCAACUUAUUAUUUCAAAUUAGCAGCUGACAAAGAUAGUCCACUUGGAUUAUUUUUAUAUGGUAUCGCAUUAAGACAUGGUUGGGGAUGUAAACCAAAUGCCAAACUUGCUGUAAGAUGUUUACAGAAAGCUGCGGAAUCAGCUGUUUCCGAACUUCACGAAUCGAUGGCAGCAAAUCCAAGUAUUGCUCGUCAUGAAUUAGUACACGGAUGGGGUGUACCCAAGAAAAAGCAAAAUGCAGCAUAUUAUUUUGAAAUAGCAGCAAAUUUAGGUGAUCCCGAUGCACAAAAUGAUUUGGCAUUUUGUUAUUAUCACGGUGAAGGUAUUAAAAAGAAAGCUGCUAAAUAUUAUCGAAUGGCGGCUGCCCAAGGUGCUGGAAUUUUUCAAAUAUAA